GGUUAAACGCAUUGUUGUGUUGGGGGAUGAUCCGUCUGUACUCCUCCAGUCUGCCUGCUGCUGCUACUUGCCUCUGGUUGACUGUAGUUUUUGAAUGGCCCACAAAGCGAAUAACUGUGUCUUCUCUGAAGAAAUUUGCACCGAAAUUUCUAAGGCACAAAGCAGGCCUCCUUUUGUUUCAUCAGAAACACAAAACACCCAAGUGUCGCCCUUUGGAGCGUAUUGUUGUGCACGGAAACAGAAUCGUUUCUGCAGGCCGUUGCUUUGUAAGGAAAAAAACUAUUAGGUUCACCGAGCAAAACGGAGUGUGAAGAUGAAGAAGAAAGCUCGGCAGCCCCGGGCCACGGUGCCACAGAGGUCACCUUCUCCAAUCAAGCCUUCCCCCAACAAGCAGAUCCUGACCUACGCCCAGGCACAGCGCAUGGUGGAGUUUGACUUGGAUGGCCACAUUCAUCGGAUUAGCAUAUACGACAAGCUGGAUGUGGUCUCGGACGACGAUCCUUUGGUUCAGGAGAUGAUGGAGGGCAACAGCAAAAAGGAGAAUGCUGAGAAGCCACUGCUGCAGGUCCGGCAGAGGUCGGCAAGAUUAAAGAACAAUCAAGAGAGGAGAAAUGCUGCACUUGGCAUCACCAGCCAUGGACCAGGAGGUGGGCAUCAUGCAGUUUGCCAUGCUGCCCCAAAGCUUCCAGAACCAAAAUUUAGAAAUGUUGAAUACAACCUGCCUGCAGUUCCUAAGCGCCCAGCUGCCUUUUUUAAAUUCAUAGAGAAGACUGAUGAAGAGCUUGAUGAGGAAACGGAAUACGACAUGGACGAGGAGGAUUACGCUUGGUUGGAUUUAGUCAACGAAAAACGUAAAAGUGAAGGAAUUAGUAAGGUGUCUUACAACGUGUUUGAGUUCCUUAUCGACCGCUUUGAGAAAGAGCUGUUUUUAGAGAGUCUGGACCAAGCGAGCGAGAAGCAGGCUCCCAUCGACGAGGAUGCAGUUUGCAGCAUCUGUAUGGAUGGAGAGUAUCACAAGAACAACACAAUUCUGUUUUGUGACACGUGCCGUGUGGCCGUGCACCAAGAAUGCUACGGUGUGCCCUACAUCCCUGAAGGCCAGUGGCUUUGCAGGCACUGCCUCCAGUCACCGACCCAGCCGGCAGGCUGCAUCCUUUGUCCUAACAAGGGCGGCGCUGUGAAAAAGACGGACGACGACCGGUGGGGCCACGUGGUGUGCGCCCUCUGGGUCCCAGAGGUUGGCUUCUCCAACACCACCUUCAUCGAACCCAUCGAUGGUGUCAGUCAGAUUCCUCCAGCUCGCUGGAAGCUCACCUGCUACAUCUGCAAGGAGAAAGGAGUCGGGGCGUGCAUCCAGUGCCACAAAGCCAACUGUUACACCGCCUUCCACGUCAGCUGUGGCCAAAAGGCCGGCCUCUUUAUGAAGAUGGAGCCCGUCAGGGAGGUGACAGAAACAGGAGGGCCCACGCUCUCCAUUAAAAAGACAUCUUACUGUGGAGCCCACACGCCCAACGGGUGUGUGAGGAGACCUCUUUCUAUUUACGACGACCUCAAACCAAAAAACGGACUUUGUAAGAGAGUGGUUAAAACGAGUGGAGACGACAGAAGACAGUUUAAAGGAAAGUCAAAAAAGAAAAUUAAGAGCAAGAGUCCUGAACCUGAAGGUGAAAGUGAAGCUGCAGCACCUGCUACUGUUGCGACUUUUCCGUCCCACAGGUUACAAACCAUUUUGAACCAGGUGUCUUUACAGAAGAAGAAAGCUUUUGUGGACCUGGUCCUUAAUUAUUGGAUUUUAAAAAGGCAGUCUAGGAACGGCGGGCCCCUCAUUAGACGCCUUCAGACAAGCUUACAAUCCCAGAAGAACACACAACCUAAGCAGAAUGAGGAGGAAAGCAGAGCUUUAAAGGAGCAGCUGAAGGAAUGGCACCGCCUCCGCCACGACCUGGAGAGAGCGAGGCUCCUGCUGGAACUGAUUCGGAAGAGAGAGAAGAUUAAGAGAGAGGAGAUUAAACUGCAGGAGACCCUUCUAGAGAUGCGGCUGACACCAUUUAGUAUUUUACUGCGAGUUCUCCUGGAACAGCUGCAGACGAAAGACCAGGCCAGGAUCUUUACCCAGCCUGUCGAUGUUAACGAGGUGCCUGAUUACCUCGAUCACAUCAAGCACCCGAUGGACUUCUCCACCAUGCGGCAGCACAUUGACGAUCAGACCUACAACAACUUUGACCAGUUUGAAGCUGAUUUUAACCUCAUUAUUGAGAACUGCAUGAAGUACAACUCAAAGGACACCUAUUUUUACCGCGCUGCCGCCCGCCUCAGAGACCAGGGGGGAGUCUUACUCCGAAAGGCCCGACGGGAUGUGGAGAAAAUUGGCUUUGACGCAGAGAGUGGCAUGCAUUUGCCAGAAGCUCCUGAAAUCAAAGCAGCGUCGUCGUUUUCAUGGGAGGAUGUGGACCGUUUACUAGUACCGGCCAACCGGGAGCACCUGCCUUUGGACAAGCAGCUUCUGCAGCUCCUGGACAAGUUUGACCUGACGUGCAGCAUGAAGUCCAGUCCCUCCCGCAGCAAACGCAUUAAGCUGCUCAAAAAAACAAUCAAUGACGUCCGAAAUGAAAUAAGCCUUAAGAAACGCCUUCCCUCUAUUUAUCACUGUUCUACCUCCUCAUCCACACCGACUUCUUCUUCAUCUGCGUCCUCCAUGCCGGAGCUGGAUAAACCCAGAGACGAGAGGCUGACGGCCAAUGGGCAUUUUCCGGAUGAUGAAGGAGACAAGUCUCUUCCUCCUAAACUCGAGCCAUCAGACGCUCUGCCCCUCCUCGUCCGCUCAGAUGCAGACUCCGAGCCCCCGACCCUCAAACCAGUCGACCCUCCUCUGGACUGUGAAGAAAAAGCUCACAAUAAGAAAUUGAAGCUGGAUGGAGAAAUACCAGAGUUGCUCUCCUCUGCUCCCCGUCUCAACGGCCACUCCCUUCAGAGCGCCUUGUUGGAUGGAGGCAUGAGCGUGGUGGCCACAUCCGCCCUCAGCGAGUCCUCGGGCACCAGCAACCACCGCGCAGCUGUUCUGUUUCACAAACUGAAGCCCUCCAGCCCACACAGGCCCUUCUGGAGCACAGAGGAAGAAUCAGACCCAUCAGACAAAAAAGGGGGCGAGGAGCAAGAGGAGGAUGAAGACGGUGGACAGCUGGGUUCCAAAGCCAUUCUGUCAGUGGUCAUCCCCCGGCUGGAGACGCUGCUUCACAGCAAGAAGAGGAAGCACGGGGAGAGCAGAGAUGAAGAGGUGGAGGAGGAGGGAGGGGAGGCAGAGCAAGAAGAGGAGGGUGAGUCUCCCAUGAAAAGACUCCACACAGGCCUGUCGAGAGGUUUUCUGGAGCUGGAAGAGAAGGAGCUAGAGCGAGCCAGCAGACCCAGUCGACCCGUCGAGCCACGACGACGCUGUGCCUCCGAGUCUUCCAUAUCUUCAUGUAGCAGUCUACCUGGAAGCACCAGCACAAUUCUCAGUCUUCCAAAAUGUGGGAAGGGGAAGCCUGCUUUAGUCCGGAGAAACACUGUGGAUGAUAAAAGCGAGCUCAUUGCCUGCAUUGAAUCUGGGAACUUUGCGAAAGCUGCACGGAUCGCUGCAGAGGUUGGCAACAGCAAUAUUUGGAUGCCGGCUAGUGCUGCUACAGUUGCACUGGAACCCCUAAAGCUAGUUUGGGCCAAAUGUAGUGGCUACCCCUCAUACCCUGCCUUGAUCGUAGACCCCCACAUGCCGCGUGUCGGCUGCCAGCACAACAGGGUGUCUAUCCCCAUUCCCCCCAUGGACGUGCUCCGCAUCGGAGAGCAGAUGCAGUACAAGACUGGAGAGAAGCUCUACCUCGUCCUCUUCUUCGACAACAAGCGCAGCUGGCAGUGGCUUCCUAGAUCCAAAAUGGUUCCUCUUGGGAUAGACAAGACCAUAGACAAGAUCAAACUGAUGGAAGGGCGCACAUCCAGCAUCCGCAAGGCAGUCCAGAUCGCCUACAGCCGCGCCAUGAACCACCUGAGCAUCGUUCAGGACGAGCCAGUCAGUGACCUCAGCGACAUCGACUGACGCCAAGCUCACAGAUUUGAACCAAAAAUGGCUCCCAGUCAUCCCUCACCAAGUCUGUCUCUGCAGGAGACUGAAAUGUUUACCAGGCACCUGCUGUAACAGGUGCUCACAGCUAUGAAUGUGUCUGCGCCUCCAGGCAUGGAACUGUGCAAAACUAGGCUUUGUUUUUAUUUGUUACCGCCGCAUUCAACCUAAACGUCUCAAGUUUUAGUGAUCAUUUCAGAACAAGAUGCUUUUAUUUGUUUUGGUAGCAUUGCCACGGGUGUCAGGACAGUUAAUUUAAGCUGAGUUUUUAAUUAAAGAAACUGAUCAUUUCAUUUUCAUAUUUAGGUCAGCUCUAUUUCCAGAACUAUUUCUUUGUAUUUAAACUGUAAAUAAAAUGUACAGUUGCCUGACACUAACUUAUGUUGCAAAUUGGAUGAACUUGAGUACUGUACAGGUAUUAUUUUAAAAAAAAUAUUUAUCCUUUUUUUCCACUAAAGAGUGUGUUGGUUUGACUGUUCUGUAUGAAUAAAAAGAAGAGAGAAAAAAAGCGAAAUCCUUUGUUUUAGGGCACAUAAAAAUAGUCCACGCAUUUCCUUUAUUGUAUAUGUUAUUGAGGUUCAUAUUCCUUUUGUUAUUAUCCCUUUUUAUUAAAAAAGUUCUGAUAUAUUUUUGUUCAUAUACAGUAUUUAUAUUAUUUCAUUACAUGUUAUGUUUCUGAAGGUCUGAGUUUAUGUGGACAAAAAGGAAAAUGUUCUCAAUAAACCAAAAAUGUUGGAUUUUCUGUGAUCUGUGAGAAAUUGUUGCCAAAAAAUGGUAAAAGGUGUAUUUUAUGUCAUUUCAUGAGAAUAUGUGCCUGCGUUAAGUUAUUGUAAAAUAUUUGUUACUCUAUAUUUGAAGAAAGAUGUGCAGAUUGUGUUAAAGUGACACAUUUCAUAGUGGAUACUUGCCUUCUUUUUAAGUACGCUGUUUUUCUAACUUCCUUUGUAGUUGUAUACUUCCACACAUUUCAUUUUUUUUAUACAAUUGCUUGAGUUUUCCUUGGGUAGCAAAAUGUAGUUUUGGUAUACUUUUGUACCUUAGUGUUAUUUUUUUAAAAGAGGGGCAUAAAAAUAUUGCUGGGACUGUUUUGUAGUAAAGCAGAAAUAAAAAUGUGAACACCA